AUGGAGGAUGACGUCGAGAUGGCGGCGGCGGAGAGCGGAGCCGCGGUUGAGCUAGACGACAUGAAGAAGAGGCUCAAGGAGAUGGAGGAUGAAGCUGCAGCUCUUCGGGAAAUGCAGGCAAAGGUCGAACAGGAGAUGGGCGCCGCCCAAGAUCCUGCUGCUGCUGCAGCUAGUCAGACAAACAAGGAAGAAGUGGAUUCUCGGUCAGUCUUCGUUGGCAAUGUGGACUAUUCGUGUACCCCAGAGGAAGUGCAGCAGCAUUUUCAGUCUUGUGGGACAGUGAAUAGAGUAACUAUUAGGACUAACAAGUAUGGUCAACCAAAGGGAUAUGCAUAUGUUGAGUUCCUUGAAACCGAAGCCGUUGAUCAGGCUUUGCUUCUCAAUGAGUCCGAACUUCAUGGACGCCAACUGAAGGUAUCUGCCAAGAGGACCAAUGUUCCUGGCAUGAAACAGUUUCGGCCUCGGCGUGCAAAUCCCUAUAUGGGCUUCCGGGCUAGAACUCCGUUCCUAGCUGCUCCUUACAUGUAUUCUCCAUACGGAUAUGGGAAGGUUCCGAGGUUUAGAGCACCCAUGCGUUACAGUCCUUACUUUUGA